AAGUUUGUGAAUAAAAAGGAUGUUUUAUGGAGUCAACUCCAGAAUUGUUGAUCCUGUUUAAAACCAUAGGGCGUGUGCUCUGGAUGUUGAAGAAACAUGUGCAUUCAGUCCAGGAACAAAAAGCUGAACAGCACUUGCUGAGAAUGGACAAAUCUCAUCUCGUUGAGGGUCAACUUCACCAGAAACUUGACCAUUUUAACGGAAGAAUCACAGAUACCCUCCCUCAGAAAUUCAUUGUGAAUGAAGCUUACUGGAAAAAGCCAGAUGGUCCUGUGUUUCUCUACAUUAGUGGUGAAGGCCCUCUGUGUAAAUUUAGCGUGUUGGCUGGUCACCAUGUGACCAUGGCAGAGAAGCAUAGAGCACUGCUUGUGGCACUUGAACACCGAUUCUACGGUUCGAGCAUCAAUCCAGGUGGCCUAGAGCUUUUGAAUCUGCAGCACCUUUCUAGUCAGCAGGCCCUUGCAGAUCUGGCUGCUUUCCACAACUUUAUCAGCCAGAAAUAUGCCCUCACUGACAAGAACAUCUGGAUCUGUUUCGGGGGCUCAUAUGCUGGCGCUCUCUCCGCCUGGUUCAGGGGAAAGUUUCCUCACCUUGUCUAUGGGGCUGUAGCAUCCUCGGCCCCUGUUCAGGCCAAACUGGAUUUUUCUGCUUAUAACAAGGUGGUGGGACAUAGUCUAACAGAGGAGAGUGUAGGCGGCUCUUAUAAGUGUUUAAACAGUGUUCGGAAGGCCUUUGUGGCUUUGGAGGCAGCUCUCCUUGGGGGGAAAGAGAUGAAGGUGGUGAAGGAUUUUGGAUGCUGUGAUGUGCCAAAGAGCCCUGAGGACCGCACUGAGCUCGUGCAGAGUGUGGCUGACAUCUUCAUGGGAAGUGUGCAGUACAAUGAGGAAGGAGUGAUGCUGACCAUCGCUCAAAUCUGUGACAUCAUGACCAAUCAGAGCCAGGAGGAGGCCUAUGACAGACUGGUCAAACUUGCAACGAUGUAUCGUGCUAUGGUAAAGGAGCCGUGUCUGGAUAUCUCUCACCAACACACCAUCCUGAACCUGAAUAAAAGCUCCAGUGGCAGCUUUGGGUCCAGACAGUGGUACUACCAGACCUGCACCGAGUUCGGCUUCUAUCAGACCUGUGACGAUGCUAGCUGCCCAUUCGUGCGCACACUAACACUGCAGGACCACACUCAGCUCUGCCGCCAGCUGUUUGAGAUUCCUGAACACACACUCCACACAAACAUUGCCUUCACCAACCAGUACUACGGAGGAAAUCAGGCCCAAACCCAGCGUGUGCUCUACAUUAAUGGUGACAUUGACCCUUGGAUGGAGUUAAGCAUUGUGCAUAAUGGGACUGGAGUGGAUGAGGACAGAGCCAUCGUGAUUCAUGGCGCUGCUCACUGCGCGGAUAUGAACCCUACACACUCCAGGGACAAGCCCUCACUGCGCCAGGCCAGGAAGGAAAUUGAAAGGCAUGUUGUCAUGUGGCUGAAGAGUGCAGCAUGGGAGAACACGCUCUGACCAAUCAGCAUGCGUGAAAAUGGAUCACCUGACCGAACCACUUUACUACGACGUGACCUUUCUCUUCUGCCUUCUGUCAAAUUAUCUUAUCAGGCUACAUGUGUGAUGUGAGUGUGUGUAUGACUGUGUGACUAUGUGUUGAGACUAUGUGUUGUCUAUCAGUUGGCCAUUACUGAGAAAGAACUUCCAAGCUGUGUGUUUUGUGGUUCGUGUGU